GGUAAGCAAUGGACCACUGCAGCAAGCACGACGGUAUUCAUUCCUGAAGAUCUUUUGGCCAUAAACGUGUCCUUGAUUCUAUUUGAAAUGGAGUCCAUUUCCCCAAUCGAGGUCAUUUGUAUUGAUUUUGUCAUCCCUUUACUACCAUCAUGAUCAGGGACGCGUCUUCGAGGCAUAUUCUCGGUUCAGGUCCUGGCACACAUGUAUAUAAGUAAUGUCGAGUUAGAGACCCCGUAUUGGUUCGUUUCCACAGUUCCACCCUUUCUCUUGUCUCACGAUGUCCUUUGAUGAUGGCAAAGGCAUUGAACUCGCAGACAUUGGGUCUGCCCAAAAAACUGUAUACAUCAAAGAGCUUCAAGAGUCUACGGUAAGGGCGGAUGAUAUACACAACGAACCUCAUCCGCAGCCCUCCUCUUUCUUUUCUUCGGGUCUGGCUCGCGCCCGAAGAGAGUACUUUAGCAUUACCUUGCACGCAGUUGCCUUCACCCUAGUUCUGAUGUGGAUACUCCUAUCAGUGUACUGGGCUGCACUAGCAUAUCCUAGUCAACUAACAAGAAAUCUAACCGCUUUGUUCAUCGAUCGCGACAACAACACCAUCGGACACGCACUAUGGGCAGCCAUUAAUGAUAACACUACGCCAGGAUCUCAGUUGGGCUGGAGCCGACCCGAUCCUACAAUAUUUGCGAGCGACGAGGACGUGAUGCAGGCGGUCAUCAGUGAACAAGUUUGGUUGGCUCUCGUCCUUGAGACGAAUGCUACUGAUAAACUGUCUGCUGCGAGACAAACUGGCAAUAGCACAUUCAACCCCACUUCCCUGCUCACUGUCUACUAUGUUGGGGCUCGUAAUGAAAUCGCGACUGGCACUUAUCUGAUCCCAAUCUACAGCAACCUCCUCGGGGAGGUUGUGUCGCCUCUCGCGACUACUUCUGCACAGCAAUAUCUCGCGCAAAUCUAUGCGCAGGGUCAGGCUAAUGAAACUGCCUUGCAACUAAUUGCACAAGCCCCACAAACGAUUUCUCCUGGCAUCAGCUGGACCUCUGUCGACCUUCGGCCGUUUUACGCGCCUGUUGCGAGUGCUGUUUUGGUUGUUGGGCUGAUUUAUCAGUUGAUAUUUACGUUCAUUAUGGUUGAAGCCAACGCAGCUGCUCGAGCUCCCAUUCAGGGACACCUCCGACUUUCUUCCUUCCUCCGACUCCGCCUUGCUGUGCCGUUACUGAUCUACGUACCUAUGAGCUUAACAUAUGUCCUCGUCAGCUUGGCUUUCGGGCUUCCCAUGGACGGAAAGUUUUCAGCUGCGGGUGGCUUCUUUGUCAUGUGGAUAUACAUUUACCUAGGCACGAGUGCGUUUGGACUGGCAUUGGAGUCCAUUAUUAUCUUGUUUCCAAAACUCACUUCUGUCUCCCUGUUCUCCCUCAUCAUCGCCAACAUCUCGACUUCAAUUCUUCCACAAGAACUGAUGCCUGCCUUCUUCCGUUUCGGCAUUGCCUUUCCUUUCUUGAAUGUGUCCCAGGCGAUGCGGACCAUAGUAUUCAAUACCCAUUCGUACCUUCCGCGCAAUGCAGCCGUUCUCAUCGGGUGGAUCGUUAUUUCUGCACUGACGAUCAUUUUAUGUGCAUGGUAUCCUCAUAACUACAAGGUUACCACAACAGCCACAUUGAAGACGUUUGGAAGGAGGGUGAGGUGAGGUGAAAAGCAACAUAAUGCGCUCAAGGUGAUGGUAGACGUGUACAUAAUUAUGUACCGACGUUCUAAAAAAGCCAGGGGUGCCGUAGGACAUUAGCCUUGUAAUCUCGCGCAAGUAUCUGUGAUGUAGUUGACUCUCGAAGGCAAUAAACGCGUAUC